AUGAAGAUUUCAAAUUAUUAUAUUGUUGAAGAUUUCGAUAUUUCAGAGGAGAAUCUUAUUAAUAAUAUAAAUUAUGUUGCAAAAGCAAGAAAACAAAAUUCUUUUAAUUAUUAUUUAAUAAUUGGUAGACCAAAAAACGAUAAUAAUUAUAAAAAAGAGGUAAAUAUUAAUUUUUUUUUUUUUUUUUUAUCUCGACAAAAAAAAAAAAAAGUAGAUAAAUUUUUUAACCAGUCCAUUUUCCUUUUUUUUUUUAUUUUUUUUAAUUUUUUUUUUUUUCACUUUUUUUUUUUUUAA